GUUGAAAGCGGGACUUCUAAGUUUCUUGUGUUGGUAGGUUUGCAGUGACAUCAGUGGAUUUCGAGCAUUCCUUCUUGUGCACCUACGCCUCAAUUCGUGAUUCCAUAUUAGUUCCUGGAGACUAAAGUUGUAAUUCUUACGUGAUAUUGGAUGUAACUGACUUCAUAUGGAUAAAUCCAAGUGAAGCAUGACAACACAACAGUUCUGUUGACUUUGAACAAAAUUAAGUUUAUUAAGAUUAUGUGAGUCAAAACAUAAGCGAUGUAAAGUUACCCAGGGGUAGAUUUAGCCUUCCCAUGCACUUUAAGUACUGAAGAUCCUAUAAAAAGCCCACAUAAAAGGUUUGAGUAUAAGUUAAUUAUCAUGUAACUUAAACUAUACAAUAAUUUAUUGUACAUAUAAAGUUCAGAAUUAAAAAGCGAGAGAAGUAUAAAGCCGCAUCUUGAGUUAAAUUGCACACCAUUUAAUAACAUCCAAAUUACCUAGUAUAAAUUGAAAAUAUCCUAAUAAUUUGGUGGUUUAUCUUAAGAAAAUCUGAAGUAUUAGAUUCUAGUAGUGAACUCCAACCAGUCGAUCUUGUGCUUCUGUUUUUAUCAAUAGAAUACAAUGGGAUUUUAGCCAACCAUCAGUAAUCACAAUGACAAUUCCAUUGUAACGGCUUCGUGGUUGACGGGACUCGUUAACCAGGGAAACUGAAGUUUUUCAUAUAGCUCAUGUUGACUAUUAAGAAGUUCAUUUACCACUGUCUUCUUUUUAUCUUAGUACUAUAUUUAUUUUUCCAUAGCUAGACCAUAACAAUAGUCCAUUAUUCAUAAUGAGUACGUUUCAGUCCCACCAACUUAUUCCUUUGUUGUUUACGCGUAAACUUGAAGUCGCGCACCUACGGGCUUCAAGGUACAAAAUACUCAAGUAAUUAGGCAAUUUCUUACGUUAUGGAGCCAUCUGAUUUUGUUAUUGCUGUUUACGCCUCCUAUUUGCGUACCCAAACCACUUGAAUGAGAAAACCAAGUUGCUAAGAUGCUUCCACUGUUUAAAUCCAAAUCGAAUAUAUGUUGACAACUUAUUCAUAAAUAUCUGCCUCUUAGAAAAGCAAGCCACCUUUUUAACGGAUAGCAUAUCAACUGUCUCAUGAAGUUAAGCCAAGUCUUGACCAGUAGCGUGAACUGUCAGCGUCCCUCACUUAUCAUUUGGUCUGUAUUUGUUUGACUCAAUGUAUCAGAAAUACUCUUGCUUCAUAUCGUAUGUUCCAGUCAUAGAAUAUCACUAAUAACCUAUCCGAAUUUAGUGUUACUCUGUUGUUAUCUCAUGAGUGCUGCACAAAUCAUUGAGAUAGAUGUUCAUUUUGUUACCGUUUCAAACAAGUUAACACCUAGCGAAACACAUAUUGGCAUAAAAUGAUACAUCUACGUCGUGUCCUGAUUUGUUUUUGUUUGUCUGUCCUCCACAUUGAUGUUUUACUGUAACCUAACUAAAACUCACUUUAUGCUGAAUUUUUCCUAUUCGUUUCCCUCAGUUAUAUAAAAUUAUUUCAGACUACAAGUUAUCAGCUUAGCUUUUGUUAUUAGACAGACCCUGCCACUUGAAACCGCAUCUGCAUACUGUUCUUGCUAAAGUACCUUGUUCAUAUCCCUACCUCCAAGUUUAAAUAGAUUGAUAAGGCACUUAUGUUUUUAUUUUCGAACUAGUGUUAACUCCACAGUUUUAUUUGAUGCGUAAACGAGUGCAUAUUGAUGUAGUUCCAAAGACUCCGGAAGGAGGACAUAUAGACUUUCGACAAAUUUCUGCAGAGGAAAUUGAGUUUGACUCAGAAAUAACAAUAAAGUCGUCACUGCUGCGCGAAUGUAAACCAGGCAAUGUUUGGUUUGAGGAAGGUGAUUCAGAUGAUGACGAUAAAAAGCCAAAAUUCGUUGCUCGUAAAUCUAUGGAUCUUCGUAAAAUACGUUCAGAAAAAGAUAGGUUCCAAGCUAUCUGCUCUAGUCCUAUGGUGGACUCUCGACCUCGAAGGCUAAGUUAUUCAAAGUCCUUUAGUGAAGGUGUGUUAGAUCCCAGUAACUCCAAAACUCCACUGCGUUUGCCUAAAUACGAUGAUCUUGUCUCAUCAGCAUCUCGUCGCCUCUCCCGCAUAAUAAUCAAUCGUCGAUUCUCUUUGUUGGAAACAAACCACAACGACCCAUCUGUUGAGGGUUCACAGUUAAAAACCACAACACCUAUUACCAAGUACGAGAAACAAAGAGUUAAGAAAAAAUGUUCGUCUGCUUCAGAAGAAAAAGAGAAUAUCAAACCAUCAAAUAACGAUAUCGUAACAGCUACUCCUGUAUCAAAAGAAGUUUUUGAUGAUGUUUCAAACUCUUCCGCCCAUGAUCCAUGCUCUGUCUCUGAAUUUCGUGUGCUUGCGGACAUGGAAACAGCGCGACUACUUGCGUUAUGCGGAGAUUGGAAUUGUGUUCUAUCCGAGGAAUGUGAUAAUAUCCCAGAAAAAGCACUUGACUCAAUCAGGGCAACCGUUGGAAAAUGUCAAUUAUUGUUGCAGAAAAAGUUGCCAUUUUUCAAAAGCCUUAUUGAAAUGGCAGAAACAAGCCUUGGAAAGUCUGACACACUGUCGAAUAGUGCAACAACACCAGAAGCCACUAUAAAUGAUCUCUUAGGUUAUUGGACCUUAGUAGCUGAUGAAAUCAGUUUAUCCGAUAGUGCUUUCGAACGUCUACGUGUUUGGCGUGAUGAGUUACAUUGGUCAAUUGAUCAGUGUCCUGUUACCCCAGCCAGGUCACAAAUUGUUAAACGACGUGGUCGUCUAUCUAAACAAAUAAAACGCUUACCAACUCCAAAGAGUAAUAAAUCCAGAAAGUCUCAAUCUGUCAGUGAUGAAGUUUUAAAUACGGAUAGUGUAAAUCCCUCUCUUUCAAAAAAGCUAGGUUCAACUGUUAAAGCAACCAAGGAUGUACAGAAAAAACCGGUGAAGUCUAGAUUUGCUGAAUUUCUGCGAGCUAAAAAGGCACUAACAGUGGAAGCGACACCUACUGAUCAUGGUCAACAUCAAUCUUAUCACCAAAGUGAAAAUAUUGUUGAUACACUCUCACCUCUUGGUUUACAUCCAGUUGAUAGGAAUUUCACUAUUCAAAAAUAAUAGAGAAGUAAAAAAUUAACGUAUAUUUUUAUUUUGACUGAAUUGUACAAACAAUUACUACUUAUUUUACAGUUGUUAGUCAUGAUUGUUCACGGACUGACUGACAUUUUCGUAAACCAAAAAUCUGUCUCUCGCUUUCUCUUCCCACCAGUUUAUUGUUCUCUUACUAAACGUUUAUUCUCUGCUUUUGCCUCGUUGUCAUUUAUGUUGUUUUUAGUAAUUAUUGUUACCAUUAUCGUCAUUAUUCUUAUUAUCAUUACUGCUUAUUGUUCAUCCAUACUGUGUUUUAUGGUUUGAGAAAAAUCAGAUACGUUAAUAUCAUUAAUAUAAAAACGUACGACGAAAUAUACUUUACUAUUAUGUCA